CUCAGCAACAAUCCAUCUCGGCCACAAGAAUGUCACCCAAGCGCAAGUCUGCUGGUGAAGACAGCACUACCCAGGCCAAGAAAGCCAGACCCUCCACCACAGCCACUCCCUCAACACCAACAGCUCCAACACCAAGUGUCAAGGAAUCUCCAGCCAUCAAAGACCUCUCCCUCGAUAUUCCCUCCCACGAAAAAGCGUUCAAAGCAGUUUACCGCCAGCUGAAGAAAUCCGUCCGAGAGAAUUGGCACGACAGAUAUGAUGACCACAACGAACUACAACUGGAACUCGUGACGCUUCUCGUGGCGUGGCAGCAGGAAAUCUUCCACUGUGCCAUUCUUCCGGGAGAGAGGCUGCUAGAGGCUUAUAAAGCUAUGGUAGUGGUGGACGAAUGGAUCCAGAAGGAACGCGGGAAUGAGUUUAAUGUGCGCGUUGACUGGCGUGAGGGCGAUGCGAGUUGGAGCGUGGAUGAUGUGGAGGGGAAGAAAGUGUAUGAGGGGCUCCCUGAGAAUAUCCAGGCGAAGAUGUGGAGGGAUUUGCUGUUGAAGAGUUUCGUGACGUGCGAGGCUGCUACGACUGUUGAGAUUAUGA